AUGGCGGACGGUCUCACAAAUUUUAAUCUCUUUGCUCUUUCGUUGUUCCUACUUGUUUGUAUGGAUAUGGUGAGAUCUCUAGUUAUCCAUCAGUUAUUUAUUCGUAGCAUUCUUUGAACUUUGUUGGAAAUUUGUAUUUACCCUUCUCGUUCACGUGGAAAUUAAUUACUAACUGUGUACAAUUAAAAGGUUUGCAGUAUUGAACCUCGUGGGGAGGAGUUAGUUUUCACUGUGGAGCACUGCCUAAGUGAAGGUAAGUCUCUCUUUUUUAGUGAAUUUAUUAUAGACUUUCAUAACUUCUGCACCACAAACAUAGAAAAAAAUGUACAGGUAAUGCAUGGUUCAAUUUGACCUGUUAAUUUUUUUCUUUCUUUAGAAGAAGAUGCAGUUUUUAAACCAAGGUAAUAGUGUUGCUAUUUUAUCAUGUUACUAAACUGUUUAGAAAGUGUUCCUGUGUGAGUUUGUUGAGGAAAGAGGAAAUAAAGUGAGUAAAGGGAAGAAGGGGGAAGGGUGAAAAAAAAAUACUUGCCCACAAACCCAACUAUUAAUGUCCCUUAAUAUUUCACUGUUCAGUUCAUAAUAACAGGUCAACUGUUUGAUUCCAGAUUAUUAAUUAUUUUUUUGUUAGGUACACUGAUUCUCAGUCAGUGGAAAUUGAGAAUCGUCAAGGUUACCGGUAAAUCAAAAUUUACCAGAAAUCAAAUUUGACAGGGAUAUUUAAUGUGUCAGAGCAUGCCACUCGACUAAGGAAAAAAAGAGUUGAUUCUUGCAUUAAAGGUUUAAUAAUAUUAUUUAUAAAUGGCUAGUUAGUAAUAUACAACACAUAAAUUUCCUAUUACAAUAGCUGCAACAUUUUGCUAAGGCUGAAACAUAUUUUUUUUGCAUAGGGGAACCAUUUAUGUUAAGACAGUCAAGAGUUCUACUGGAACAAUAUCACAGACAGAACCACUAUCAUUGGAUGAAGUUGAGAAUCUGAAGGUAAUGCAUGCAAUAAUUUUUCAAUAAAGGCUGCUUUGGACAUUGGUAAUAAUUACCAAUGCCAAGCAACCUUUAUUGAAUCAUUGUGCACUGGGAAUCUAUUGUUUGGUGGUCACUCAAGCAAAUCAUCAUGUUGUUCUGUUUACCCAAAGCCCAAGUGCCAAUGACCAAUUGCCAAAGCAACCUUUAUUGAAUUAGGUAUACAAUGUAUCUUCAUAAGGUGCUUUAAUAGGGCUUAUAUCCAAGGGGGCUUAUAGCCAGGGUAGAAAAAAGCACUUCUUAACAAGCUAUGGUAGUCCUGAUUAAAAUAUCUUUAAUUGCAUUAAUAUUAUUUUUUACUAGUUUUUAGUCAAGCUUCAAAACUUCAAAAUAAAUCAAAUUCAUUUCAAUACAUUUGGAGGAGGCUUAUAUCUGACGAGGGGGGGUUGGGGCUUAUACCACGGUAAUCAGAUGAGAUGUAAUUUCUUUUACAGGUUGAUGGGCCUAUAACUGGUCAUGGGCGAGGGGGAGUCGGAGGGCUUAUAAGUUGGGGAGCUUAAAAGCAGCAGUACAGUUUACAUUUUGUGGCACAAUAGUACAUAUUGUAUCACUAGUCGCCUUUGUGGAGCAAAUAAAAUUAAUAAAAUCACCAGCUAACUUAUUGUAAUGUAUUUAAGAGAUGCAUUCCAUGUUAAAUCCAUCCUUUGAAUUUCGUUAUCCCUUAGGACCUGGCAUUAAAAGAUGGGUACUACAGAAUACAGUUGCGCCCAAAGUCCAUGGAUGGUGGUGUAGGCAUUGAUAGCAGUGUUUCUACAUUUGUGAAAGCUGUAAGUUUAGCUGCAUUUUGAAUAUACCAUUUAAUACCAUCUUUUUAUCAUUGAAGUAUGCAGACUCUUCGGUAACUUGAUUUUUAUCUUGGUUGGUUGUCUGCUUUAUUCAGAAUCUGACAUUUCCUUGAACCCUUAUAAUGCACAAGUGCAAAGAAAUUCUUAAUGUAUGUGUUGUGGUUCAAUUUUGCCCUUGGUUUAAUUUUUAUUUUUCUUUGUUUUAAACUGAUUAUCAUACAUUACCAUACCCAAAAACAAAGGAAAAUAAAAAUUAAACCAAGGAUCAAAUUGAACCACAACACAUGUAUUAUAUACAUGUACAAAUAUGUGGUUGUUAACCAUUUCAUUCAUGUUCACAUGACUUUGAACAUUCUUAGUUAAAAAACUCACAUGUUAAUCGAAACAAGUUUUUUAAAUGGUGAACUUAGGGACGGCAGAGGAAAGAGGACUAAUAAUAAUAAUAAUAAUAAUAAUAAUAAUAAUAAUAAUAAUAAUAAUAAUAAUAAUAAUAAUAAUAAUAAUAAUAAUAAUAAUAAAUUUUUCCAAACAUAAUUAUUGUUUGGAAAAAUUUCCCACCAAACUUAACCUUUCUUUUAAUAGAUCUUUUUGUAGUGGGCCAGAACACAAUGUUGUCAAUACAUUACUAAGUAAAAAGCAGUAGCAUCAGCAAUAAUAUUAUUUUUAAUAAUAAAAUUGAAAUUAAUUUUGUAAUUACAGUCAUGUCACAAAUAAAAGGAGACUCAGAAAAAAAUUGAACUUAUGAAUGUCUUGACUUCUAAGAAUUUUAAAAAUGUUCUUCAUAUGACUUUUAUCACAUAUCAUCUAUGCUAUGUACAGCUGACAUGGAAAGCAAAUUGUUUAUGUUUAAUUCUUUUACUCCUUUACCAGUGUUCCCUGUUUACAUCAAAACUUACAGAGACAAUAACUUUAACACUCGAUAACACAGGUAUGCAGUAUGUUUCCAGUUGAAUCUGUUACAGCUGUCUAUUAUAAACAAGGAAAAAAAUGUAGUUGCUUGAAAUUCUUCCAGCAGAAUUAUUUAUUCAGGCCUACCGUGAGAGCUUAAUUAGAAUGUUUGAUUUUAUUAAGGCCACUUAUAUGGUGUCGGGCUGAUUGUUCCUGAUGGGGGCUGCCAAGCAAAGAGUCUUAACUGGGUAAGUGAUUGUUAUUAAUUGUUGUGUACAUUCAAUGUAACUAUCAGUAUGCAUUUUCUCCAUGAUGUUCUUUAUACAUUUCCUAUGUUACUGAGGAGGAGAAUUUGCGUAACAAUAAAGACGUUUUUAGUUGGUGAUCAAUUCCUUUAUUCUCAUGACCUUUAUGUUUCAUUCAGCCAUGUUGCCGUAAGGAGAAAUAAGAUGCUGGUUUCUCCUGGGAAUUUUAAUGGUCAAGAAGGCUGAUAAGUAUAAGCAAACGUAGCACUAUUUUCCAGAACAAAAGCUGUUGUGUAAGCAUAAAAAAAAGACCAGUUGAAUGAACAUUUUUUAAGAAUUUUAAAAAACAACUUGUAUUUCAUGGAUUAUCAGACUCAUCACCUAUAGCUAUAAGUACAAAGGAGGUAGCUAUGGAGUCCCUGUAAAAUGUAAGGGGACUAGUGGAUCCAAGAAAAAACUGUCAUGAACUCUUAUACAUUGUACACUAUUACCCUGAGAAACCCAGUGGAAAGGGUAGAAGUAUGCAAAUUCCUUCUUAUUCAUAGUGUCAGCAUUUACUUUUGACAAAAACAGUGGCACUACAGUAGUCAUGCACUAAACUAUGUCCAGUUCAAUAACAGUAUCAAAUAAUAAUGCUUUGGUUGUCUGUUUUUCAAUUCUCAAGGAUGCUGUAAGCUUACCUUCUCAAUUUAAUUCAUCAGUGGUAGUAAUGCUUCAAGGAACAGGACAGCUGUGAGUUUAUUUUAACAAUUACAUGUAUUAUUAAUAACAACUGGUUUUGUUUCAUCUGUACUCAGGUGGCAGUAGUUGAGAGUCUUUUACCUUUUUUUACUGAACUCAUUGAAGUAUACACACUCCUUUGCUUGCUAGUUCACCUCAAUUCUUUCUUUCCUUCACUCCACCCAUGUGCAGGUACACUGCUCUCCAUUACCAACCAUUCAGUCAAUCCACUUCACACUGACCCCAAAGGAAGUACUGUCUCUUAAUAUAGCCAUUUAAAUUAAAUUAAGUCACUCCUGUCAGCCUACAGUGAGCCUCUUGAAGUCUGUGCUGGGCAUAAAAAUUUGAAUAAUAAUAAUGUUAUUCAUCAAAAGCUAAGGAUCAAAAUGGAUUUCUCCCAAAGCCUCCGAAAGCUUAGGGUGAAAGGGCAAGAAAAAAAGGAAACAAAAUCACUUAAUAGCCGUAUCUCAAAUCCAGAAUAAUUUUAUGUAGAAAAUUAGUGUCUUGGGUGACAACUAUGCUAUUAGGCCUUGAAAAUCUCCAGUUGACAACAAAAUUGUUAAAAGACUGUCAUCAAAAUAAUGGGAUAUUUCUUGAAAAACAAAACCAUCUACUCCCCUCAUCAAUCCCACCCCUUGCUUGCAACAGGAAACAAUCAACACUGUAACCAGUGGCACAAUAAUAAUAUUGCUUAGAGGGGGUGGGGAAUGAAAAGUUUCACAUUACCUUUUCAUGUAGAUAGCAUUGGAUUGUCUCAACUACUAUAAAUCUUUUUGCAUAUAUUAUUGUAGCUACCUACAUUCCACUGCAUGCUAAGUGAUCCACACACAAAACGAAUAACAAAUUUGAAUACCUGGCUACACUUAAUUGGCCCUUUGGGUCUCUUUUCAUGAGGAGUUUAUUUCAUUGCUGGGUACUUAGUCUGUAUCUGGUGCAUGUUGCAGUCCUGAUACUCAGACUUACAUUCAAAGACUGGAGAAGGAGAAACGAGAGAAGCAAGCUGGGAAGACACAAGACAAUAGAUCAUUUUUAGCUAAAUACGUGAGUUGAGUUAUGAUUUUUUCUUUUCACGUGCAUGUUUAUGUUGUUGUUAAAGUUUAAUAUCCUCAUUUAAAAUUUCAUUUUACUUUGUUACGACAGCAACGGCUAGGAAAAGGUCACUUAAAAAGUGAAUUUGCGCUGCUUCAAACUUUAUCACAGUGACUCUUAUUUCAUCUCAUUCAAUUCAUCGAAUGUUGGCAAAUUUUUCUGGAGUUAAAAUUCUAAGAGAUUGUAUUGAAGUUCAGGAAAAAAAAAAGCAAGUCGUUGCAAGUGUUCAUGUCCUUCACAAAACGUGAAAUUAGGCACUUUCACAUUGUAGUCAUGCAUUGAUGGCAAAGAAAUAUACAAAAAAGUGUGAUGCACAUGCAGAGUUGUUGUUUUGCCAAUCUAAGCCUAUUGCUUUUUUGCUGUCCUCAUUGAUGUCGCUGCCAUCAUUGCUUAAGCUCCCAAAAAACAAUGAACUUCACCCCAGCCAGUGAAAUGUAUGAGACAGUGUUAAUUAAUAAACUUCAAUCUUACUUUGUGGCACUUAUUGUAACUUUUUUGACUUGCUACAUUGUAUUCUAAAACGUUGGCAUGUUGCAACUUUUUAAACUCUUUCUUACCUUAGGGUACCUAUGUAUUAUCAAAUGAAAUGAGUGACAAAAACCAACAAUAAUUACUUUCCUUGAUCUCAAGGUGGUUUGAUUUUAUUUUUCUUGCAGUGGAUGUACAUUGUUCCUGUUGUAAUAUUUAUGAUGCUUACCUCUCAGCAGCCAGAGCAACAGGAGGGGUCUAGUCAAUGA